CUCGGGAGCAGAGACAAUUUUAACUUAGCCAUCCCUAAUUUAUCUCAAGCUUUUUCAAUUCAUCUUCACUGCUCUAUGCACACUGGAACACCAGAUUGUCAACCCCUGGGAACAGAAUGCAGCCAGGGAUCUAGAGAGCUGUCACAUCCUGAGAAAUAUUUAAAUUGUGCUGAUUUUCUUCUGGAGUGCUGAGCAGAGGGAAUGAAACUCUCUAUCAAGUCAUAGCUUUGCGGGCAAUAGAUCAGAGGAUACUGCCAGUUUUUCUAAUGGAUUAUUUUAUCGGGCAGGUUCUUCCUGAAGACUCUUUUUGGUGAAACAGCUGUAGCUUGGAUUUUAUUGUGUGACCUUGAUGCUUACUGUCAAGCCCUUCAAAUAGCUGUUAGAUUUGGCAAGAUUAAAAGUUUCUGACUUGGAUAUUCAAAUAGUAAGGUGUUCUACUAGGAGAGUUUCCAUGUCUUUCUUAUGAGCCGUUGUGAGAUGAUUUUGCACUGAAAGUUUUCAGUUCCUGCAUCUGGUGGCACAAAUGAAAUGUUGUGACAAUAUUGUAUGCUGUUCUUCACAUGAGACACAGCUUGAAAUAUUUUGAUAAAAUGAGAUGCUUGCGGAAAAGAUCAGCAGUGUCAUUCUUAGGAAUCCUUGUAGUUUGCUUGCUGUUCAUGAACUUGUACAUUGAAGACGGUUAUGUUUUGGAAGGGGGCAAGCAACAAAUCAGAGAAACAGCCACGCACCAGCUCAACCCAGAGCGUUAUGUUCACACUUUUAAAGAUUUGUCUAAUUUCUCAGGAUCUAUAAACAUUUCCUAUCGCUACUUAGCUGGCACACCUUUGCCAAGGAAAAGGUAUCUUACAAUUGGACUAUCCUCUGUAAAACGGAAAAAGGGAAAUUAUUUACUUGAGACCAUCAAGUCCAUAUUUGAACAGUCAAGCUAUGAAGAACUCAAAGAAAUCGCAGUGGUAGUACAACUGGCAGAUUUUGACUCAACCUGGUGUGAAGGGGUCGUCCAGGAUAUUUCACAGAAAUUUGCACAUCAUAUAAUUGCAGGCAGAUUAAUAGUUAUUCACGUCCCUGAGGAUUAUUAUCCUGUACUGGAUGGCCUCAAAAGAAAUUACAAUGACCCAGAGGACCGUGUGAAGUUUCGAUCAAAACAAAAUGUAGAUUACGCUUUCCUUCUAAACUUUUGUGCUAAUCUUUCUGACUAUUAUGUGAUGCUAGAAGAUGAUGUUCGCUGCUCAAAGAAUUUUUUGACUGCUGUUAAGAAAGUAAUUACCUCACGAGAAGGAUCCUACUGGGUGACUUUGGAAUUCUCCAAACUGGGAUACAUUGGAAAGCUUUAUCAUUCUCAUGACCUCCCACGCCUGGCUCACUUUCUGUUGAUGUUUUACCAAGAAAUGCCUUGCGAUUGGCUGCUCAUCCACUUUCGCGGGCUGUUAGCUCAAAAGGAAGUGAUACGUUUUAAGCCAUCUUUGUUCCAGCACAUGGGAUACUACUCAUCUUACAAAGGAGCUGAAAACAAGUUAAAGGAUGAUGAUUUUGAAGAGGAAUCAUUUGAUAUCCCUGACAACCCACCUGCAAACUUGCACACCAACAUGAAUGUAUUUGAAAACUAUGAGGCAAGCAAGGCUUACAGCAGCAUUGAUGAGUAUUUCUGGGGCAAAGCUCCUUCUAGUGGAGACUUCUAUGGAAUCGUAUUUGAAAAGCCCAUUAAAAUCAGUAAAAUUAAAGUUGUCACUGGAACUGAAGAUCGGCAAAAUGAUAUUUUACAUCAUGGAGCCCUGGAAGUAGGAGAAAAGAUUGUAGGCAAUAAAAAAGGGAGACAAUGUACAACUUACUUGAGACUAGGGGAGUUCAAAAAUGGGAAUUUUGAAAUAACUGAUGUAGAGCACAAAGUUCUGUUUGAUAUUAACUGCAUGAGAAUACUUGUUACCAAAAGUCAAAAAGAAUGGCUGAUCAUUAGGAGCAUUAGCGUCUGGACUUCUCAAACACCAAAUCAGUAAAGCAAAGCCACCUGAGCAGGUACAAAGUGCACACAAUCAUCUGGGUUCCGACUGGUGACAUUCCCCAGAAAAACUGACACUUACAACUCUUCACUAAAGACGUAGGAAAUCUGGGGAAAUCACAAAACAAGUAAAGCAAUUUAUUUUUUACUAGUUUGGUCAGGCAAUAUACAAACAUUUAUUUGCUGAAAAUUUUGAAUUUUAUAGGAGAUCUUUAAACUCUUUUUUUAUUAUUAUUUCUCUGGAAGAGAGAUCUUUUGGACCAUACAGAACAAAAAAAAACCAUCCUAUAAUUGCCAAAAGGUUUAAAUCUAUGAUCAGUAUGUUGUGAAAAAAGACUGAAUCGCACCUUAUGCACAUAAAAAUUUAAAAUUUUAUGAUAGUAUGCAUUUGUAUUGUAGUUGGUGAUAUGUUUCUUCUACAGGCAGUUGUGACAAGGAAAUCUGUCCUGAAACUGGCAGUUUCCUUCUGAGCACUGUAAGAAAAUAGUGUGGCUAAUCAUUGCAACUUCUUUUCAAAAGGGAAUGUAUGUAAAAUUAUAAAUCUGACAUGAAAAUUAUGUAAAAAAAGAGAUAAUUGCAUCUGUUAUUCUGUCUUAACAAAUAUCCUUUGUUCUUUUUUCUGGGUCCUUUCACUGAAAUUAUCAGUACUUGGAUUCUAUAUUACUUAGGGGACCAAUCUACUCUCCUUACUUGAACAAAAUGUCUCACAGUAAGCAAGGUUUCUGCUCGAGUACUGAUGUCAAUAUCAAACCCAAGCAACUCAAGGGCACCACUGUUCUCUUAGACAGUCAUCUUAACAGAUCCCAGAUGCAACAUUUUUUGUUCCUUCAUGAUGUGUAGAACUCUCCCUGAGAAAUUUGCAUAUAGCUGAAUACUACAGCAUGCUUUUAGCAUAACAGAAGACUCUUAUGUCUUCCAUAUAUACACGUCCAGUUUAAGUAUGAUACAAAUACAAACUGUACUAGGUUAAUCAAUUGGAGGUCAAUGUAAGCUCCAGUCUGCUCUGAGUGAUUUAUAGUCAAUAGAAGAGACAUAAAAUGAGGAAUCCUUAUUCAAUGAGAAAUUAAUAUGGUCCUAAAUUAGUUUUUUGGGGGG